AUGGUCAGGAUCGCGGUAGCUGGUGGUUCCGGGCCUGUCUCCAGAGAGGUCAUUGACGCUCUCAUGUCAUCAGGAAAGCAUGACAUAACUAUAUUAAGCCGUAGUGCUCAGAAAUCUGACAUCGCGCCUGAAAUCACUUGGCAGGUUGUGGACUACAAUGAUAAACCCAAUCUGAUCAGAGCUCUCCGAGGAAUUCACACUCUGCUGUCAUUCGUUCAAAUCCUGUCUGAUCCCGACCAAGAGUCGCAGAAAAACCUCAUUGACGCCGCAAUCAUUUCCGGUGUUAAACGCUUUGCACCAAGCGAGUAUGGAAGCAAGGGAACGGUGGAUAUGCAUUGGUGGCAUGGCAAAGAAAAGGUUCGAAGGUAUCUGGAAGAGGUCAACGAAAACGAACGGGUUCUUGAGUACACCUUAUUUCAGCCUGGAUUAUUUCUUGACUACCUGGCAUUCCCCUACAAGACAGCGAAAUACCUAGAUCCGCUACAGAGCAUCUUUGACUUCCAAAACUGUCGAGCUAUUGUCAUGGAAGGUCACGAGGGCGCCAUUAUGACAUUGACCACUGUGGCGGACCUUGCAGCAGUCAUAGCGCGGGCAGUUGAUUAUGAUGGCAGGUGGCCGACAACAGGCGGCAUCAGGGGAAAUAGAGUUACGUCCUCACAGAUCCUUGAGAUUGGAAGAUCUUUCGUUGUCGAUCAGGUAAAGCUCGAGGACCUUGAAGCUGGAAAAUUCAAAGCAUCUUGGGGGCUAGAGGCCAUUCAUCCAGCCGUGCCUGUUGACCAGGCAUCUGAGCUCCUCAAAGCGGUUUCCAUCGGUAUCCUAUUAAGCAGCUCGAAGGGUGCAUGGGACUCGUCGGAUGAGAUGAACCAACUUUUCCCCGACCAUGAUUUCACUCGGAUCGAUGACUUUCUCGAGAAGGUCUGGGAGGGAAUGCCAUAA